CGCUGCGCAUCGAGCGAACAUGAUCGAGUUUCUGGUACUUUUCCUUGGUCUUUAUGGGGCGCUGGCGGCUCCUCAUGUGCCCCACGUGAGUCAUGAUCCUCAUCUGGACAAUAAUGCGGAAGUGAUCUACGGACAGCUUCCCGGUACCGAGAAUCUAAACGAAAAGGCACUUCCAAUAUCUCACUUAUUCGCCAUAGAGUCGUAUAAUCUGCCAGCCACAGAGAGGAAUAAUCUAGCGGAGAAAGCUCAAGUACAUCAACGACUUCCCGGGACGGCAAAUCUGACAGAAAAGCGAAUUCCUGAUAUCAUCCUGAAGAGAUUGUCGCAAAUGCUUGAUGUCAAAUAAAAAGAUGAAAAUCGGGAUCUAAGAUGUAAUACUUUAUUCGCGAUAAUAUUAAAAAUAUAUUUGAAUAUCGUCGCCAUUAAUAUUACAUAUAAAUUUUAUGAAUUUUUUUAUUAAAUGGGAUUAAAGAAGUGUAAAGCAGUCUACUGAUCGUAUAAUUUUUAGCAUCGUACUGAAAUUAAUAGGAUGAUUAAUCAUUUUGGAAAAUUUAUUAAUAAAUGGAUAAAUAAUUCAAAACAAUUUUAUUGAAAUAAUACUUCGUGUUAUACCUACAUUGCUUCAUCGAAGAUGUAUCUACAUUCAUAAUCAUCACAAUAAAUUAUUAUAUCAUGUAUUUAUUACAAAGUAAAUAAUUCUUACUACAUAACAAUGUAUUUAUAGAAAUGAUAAAACAAUUCGCGGAUAAAACCGCAGAAGUAAAUGUGCAAUUCAAA